CAUAAAUUCGAGGUUAUGUGAAGCUAAACGUCAAACCAAAGAAGACAUUCAUUACCGGUGUUUAUUUAUUUAUCAAUUUCACACAAACACGAAAAUGUGGUCUUACAAAUUGAGCAGAAGUGUUUUAAAUGGGACUAGAAAUAGUGGAAUAAAAAAGCUAGUUUGGUGUUCGACACAGUCAUCUGCACCAGUAGCAGACACGAAGCGUCUUACACAUUCUACUAUCGAUACUUCAGAUGUGGAACUAUUUUCUAAACAAAUGAAGGAUUGGUGGACUCCUGACGGACCAAUGGCCUUGUUACAUACAUUUAAUUUAUUAAGAGUUCCAUUUGUAAGAGAUGGUCUAGUCAAUACUUCACAAAGAGAUUUGUACCCACUAAAAGAUAAAAAGAUUUUAGAUGUUGGCUGUGGAGGUGGAAUACUCUCUGAGAGUUUAGCAAGACUUGGUGCUAGUGUCACAGGUAUUGAUGCAAGCAAGGAUUUAAUAGCCCUAGCUCAGGAGCACAGAAAUGUAGACCCUAAAAUAGCGAAUAACAAACCUGAUUAUAUAAAUUGCACCAUAGAGGACCACGCGAAGUCGGUAGCCAACCACUAUGACGCCGUCGUCGCCUCUGAAGUGAUAGAACACGUUAACAACCAAGAGCUAUUUGUUAAGUCAUGCAUACACGCUUUAAAACCAGGUGGACGGAUAUUUAUUACAACGCCUAACAGAACUAAGAUGUCACAAUUCUUUGUAAUAUUUCUUAGCGAAAAUGUAUUUAAUUUUAUACCUAAAGGAGCACAUCAGUAUGAGAAAUUCAUUACGCCUAACGAACUCACUUUUAUAUUAGAGAGAAAUGAUUGCCACGUGGAAUUAACUUACGGUAUUCUUUACAAUCCUGUAUCUCGCAAAUGGGACUUCUCUACGUACCAACAUCUCCAGUACGCUAUCCAAGCUGUAAAAUUAAGUUAAUUUGGUUCACCAAUAAAACGUAACAAGUAUCUACAUUUUGAAUAGGGUCAAAAUGAAUCAAAAACUUGCUGAAAAUGUUGAUAAAAAAGACAAAGGACUAAAUAAGAACUAUUUUGUUGGUUGUUAAUUUAUACCUGUAUGAACAGUAUUUCGGUUCACAUUUUGAAGAAUAAAGCUCGAAUGUCAUAAAUAGUUUUAUUUUUUUAAAGCAAUAUACUUACAUAAAACUCAUGCGAAAAGAAAUAUGUAGCAAAUGGAGUGUUAAACA